GCAUGGCAGUGAUUUAGGAUGAUAGCAUCUCAUGAUAACAUAUGACAAAUCUGAAAUAUUUUUUUAUGUUAAUGAAGAUACCACCAUUCUCUCGAGUGAACAUUCAUGUUUUGACCAAAGGAAGAAAGACGCUCAAAAUGCUCUGCUUUUGCUUGAAAACUACAAGAAGAAAUUGGACUCUAAAAACGAAAGACACACCGAACCAUUAAAAUUUGCCAUAGAUAAAGUAAUCGAUACUUUCAAAAGCGAUUUGUUCAAGGCUCUCUUAGAUAUCCAAGAAUACUACGAAACGACCCUGAUUGAAGAAACGAUAAAAAACGAAUCAAUUGUCACUGGAAUUUUAACGAUUGGGGACGAAUGCGAUAAAAAUAUAAAACCGACUAAAGAAGAGUACAACUGUUAUGAAACCGGCGAGUUUAUGGUUGACGAAGAUGAAAUGAAAUAUGACACUACCUCUGAUUCCUCGUCAUCUUCUCCCCUGGAUGAAAAAGAAGAACGAGUGAGAAAAAAUGGAAAAGUCAUAAAGGGGAAGAAAAUCAAUUUAAGAAACAAAAAAGAUUCACUCAAAAGUCAGAAUCACGUUCUCGAACACGUUAAUCAUCAUCAUCAUCACCACCAUCAUUGCAAGAAAAAUUCGAAUAAACGGGGAAACGAUGUUGAACACUCUAAUAUAAAAGCGAACGGAAAGGUUACCAGGGAAGACCCAGAUAGCCGAAUACAUAAAAAUGAAAAAAGUCAUAAAUAUGAUAAAAAUAACAAAAAAUGUGGGAACUCCAAUUUCAAGAAAUUCGAUUUGGGAAAUGACGUAGGAACUAUGCCUAAUAAUAUUAACGGGAAUCAUGAUGAUGUAAACGGAAGAUUCAAAAAAGGAUAUAGUAACAACGAUGAUCAUGAUAAAAAAUACCACGAGGAUACAAAAAAUUCUUUGGAUUUCAAAAAAACUAAUCAAGACACUAUUAUAGUCUCCCCGGUCACCACUAUAACUGGAAGAAAUGAGCAGCAAACGAAGCAUGAUGGAAUGAAUAAUCUUGACGACGAGAAUAAUGGAGGAGGGGAGUUCACUUCCGACUUAGAUUCCCAAGCAAGUUCUUCCGAUAGCUAUUCGGUCAGCGAUUCUGAUCGCGGUAACUCGUAUACCAUUGAAAACGAUUUAUUAACCAACAAAGAAACGAGGGUAGAUUCUUCUGACAAGGACAAUCAUUUACAUACGAAUUUGGAUAUAAAUGGAGAGAAUAGAGGAAUUCGCAGGACGGAAAUGAACCGAACUAAUUUACCGCCAAAGGAUAAGGCCGGUGAGCAUUCCGAAAAAUGUAUCGUUAAAAACAAGCUGAGCGAAAGUUACGGCAGAGAUUCUUCGUUUUUGACGUGGGAAUAUCACACUAUUACACUGGAUAAACACGGUAAAGGUUUGGGAUUCAGCAUAAGCGGAGGAACCGACAACAACACUUCUAUCCAAUUUCCGGCUGGACAUAACUUAGAAAUUGGCUCCUCUAUUGUUCUUACCAAAUUGAUUCCAGGUGGUACUGCUUUGAAAGAUGGUAGACUAAAGAUGGAUGACAUUAUACUCAAAGUCAACCAAAUGGACCUGACUAAUGUUACCCAUGAUGAAGCUGUCGAAAUCCUCAAGAAAUCCAUCAAUAUCGUUACCUUGCAUAUCAAACGUAAGAAACUUGUUCAAGACCAUAUGAUCAUAACUUUGAAGAAGGGGGACCUAGGUUUAGGUUUUAGCAUAAGUGGCGGUGUAGGCAACGAACACAAAGCAGACGAUUGCGGAAUUUAUAUCACGAAAAUUAUUCCUGGAGGUGUGGCCGAUUUGAAUGGGCAAUUGAGAGUCGAGGAUAAAUUAUUGAAGGUAAACGAUAUAGAUUUAAGUCACACCAGUCACGAAUACGCUGUUUUGGCCUUAAAAUCUCUCAAAAAUGAUAUAUCAGUGCAGUUACUGGUUUACAGGGAAGAAGAACAAGAUAAAGUCACAAAUAAAAAUACUUCUUCAAUCAUACGAUGCGAUCUAAACGAGUACACCGACACAAACCCGAAUCUUUUUCCAAGCCCUAAAAUUUCUUAUUCUUCCUCGCUAAAACAUCAACAAAAUGACGAAAUCGACCAUGUCAACACACUAUCUCACGAUGAUCACCAUUUUGGUACCCCUAUUAUUCCCUUAGAAAUGAUCGCCGUUAAAAAACAGCAAAAAUACAGAAGUCCGCUCAUAACCGAGCUUAGGCAAAAGCUAAACAUCAGGGAUGAGGAAAGUGAAAUGGCUUCAGGAGAAGAAAAGAAUGAUCAGGAUAUCGAAAAAGAUGCGAUAGAUUUAAAAAUUAGGCAUACUGGCAAUGUUUUAUGUCUAGAAAAUGGAAUGAACAUGGAAUCAAAUCUCAACAAUGUAGGAUCUUCACCUAGAGUUUUGCGAAAAUUGGAAAAAAGGUACCAUAAAUCCGCCAUAAGGAGGGUUGUGCUAAACAGAUGCCCGAACUACCAAAACCUCGGUUUCGACAUUAUAGGUGGUCAUUCUAGGACAUUGGAACAAUGUAAAACUCAACCCGUCCACCCCAAGGACGGUAUAUUCAUAUCCCACCUGUUGGAAAACGGACCCGCAACCCUUUCCAAUAGGAUUUAUGUCGGCGACCAAAUUUUGGCCGUCAAUGAGGUGGAUCUGACUCAAUGUGGUCACGAGGAAGCCUCUAGAAUACUCAAAAAUGCUGGGGCCAUCGUCACACUCUACCUGAUGGAAAACCUUCAAGACUUCAAAUGGUAUGAAAAUUCUCGAACCAUGAGUAUAGGUGACUCCAACAUACCCAUAACAGAAGGACAGAAGACGCCGAUCAAUCCCGAACCGAGAGGCGAUUCGGACCACCACGAUAAGUCGUCGUCUUUAUUAAGCGGCAGCCUUAAAACUUCUCAAAAGAGGUGUCUUUACGUUAGAGCUCUGUUCGACUAUGAUCCUUCUAAAGACAGGUCAGAUUUGCCAGGGCCGGGCUUGCCUUUCAAAACAGGUGACCUUCUUGAUUUGCUGAAUGCCAGCGAUGACCAAUGGUGGAAGGCUAGAAAAUUUAUUCCCCAGAGAGAUUUUUAUUCCUUCCCCGCUAUCGAUAAUAGCUAUCUAGCGUACGAUAGGCUUCCUUUCGGAAAUCAACCUUACGAUAGUCAUCAUCGCGUGGACGGAGAUGCAAAAGCUGGCGGGGAUAACGGGAUAAAAAUUAACGGAAAUGGGAUGACGAUCAAUGGUAUCCAUAAUCAUGCAGAUCAAGACCAUAACACCGAAAAUCACGUGAACGACGGUGAGAAUAGCUCCGGUAUCAAUAUAGGAUUGAUUCCCAGUUUUAAUAGGGUAAGACGGAAAGAAAAAUACAGGAAUAAAACAGUCAAAUUCAAAGGAAAUUUCCCUAAAGAAGAAUCUUCCAUAAACGACAUUUCUUUCGAAUCAUACAAAAGCGAUUCAAACAACCCAUUCACCAAUGACAAUUCUAAGAAAAAGAAAAACAAUUUCACUCUUUUUACCAAAAAGUUUCCUUUUACAAAAGGCAGGGAAUAUUUGCUAAACGAAGAUCCCAUCACUAAUACUAACAUAGUUACUACGAAUAGCAAAAUUUGCGAAAAAUUCCCUAAUAUCAUUAGCGAAAGCGAUAAUAGUCUCAACAAACUAACGGACGAAUUUCAAUAUUUAAACAAUAACAACGAACACCUGUUAUCGUACCAACCCGUCACCUUAAAACCAAUUCCUUACAAAAGGCCCAUCAUUCUACUUGGCCCCCUGAAAGACAGAAUAGGAGACGAAUUAAUUCAAAAAUAUCCAGAAACCUUCGCUAAUUGCAUUCCUCACACUACUCGUACCAUGAGACCUCACGAAAUAGACGGGCGAGAUUAUCAUUUCGUCACCGAGGGCCUCGAUAAAAUGAAGCAAGAUAUCAGGGAUGGUCACUUUAUAGAGGCCGGUCAAUAUAAUUCCAACCUUUAUGGAACUUCUUUUCAAGCCAUCAAAGAUGUGGCUUUUGUUCAGAAAAAGCAUUGUAUCUUAGACGUAAGUGGUAAAGCUAUCAGAAGAUUGGUAGAUCAAAAUAUAUUCCCUAUUGUUAUCUUCAUCAAUCCUCUCUCUCAUAUAGCACUUACUGAACUAAAUCCUGAGAUGAGUGAGGAAGAAGCGCUCAAUGUUUUCGAUAAAGCUCAAACCAUUCAAAGGGAUUUUCAACCUUAUUUCAAUGCUGUAAUACCUACCAAUUCUUAUCAACAAAUUUUCAAUCAAGUACUCAAUGUUAUAGCCGAAAAUAAAGAACUCAAAGUGUGGACAGAUUCCGAGGAAAUUUUAUAAAAUAAAAAAAAUGUUUACAAACAUAACUUAUUUAUAAUUAAAUUUCAUGUUACAAAAAUGUAAUAUUAUUACCUUAUAUAUAUAAAUAGUUAUGAAAUGAUUAAAUCUUAUAAUAUAAAAUAAGGAAAAGUAUUGUUGAAAAAAAUAAUAUAAUAUACCAUUUUGAAUUAUA